GAAAACGUCGCCUUCCGAGCCUUCGAUGAGUGGUGGGAGCGCAAGGAGGAGAAGGCAAAACCAUUUCAGAGUGUGCCCAAGCCUGCUCCCCGGGAAGAAGACAAGGAAAAGACCCGUCCCAAAGAGCCCGGCCUGCUCUCAUUGGUGGAUUGGGCCAAGAGCGGAGGCGCUGAAGGUUUUGGAUUUGGCACUGGAUUGCGGGAGGCUCUGAGGCUUCCAUCAUUCAAGGUCAAGAGGAAGCAGCCAGCGGAGGAUGACGACGACGGCGAACAGAAGAGGCCACGGCCAUCCACCCCAGCAGAAGAGGAGGAUGACGGAGAGCGAGAGAAGGAGACCCAAUCCGAACCACGACCAGGAGUAAAACCUCCACAGAGGGAGGGUGCACGAGCAAAACACAAACGCAGGAGUCCGUUCCAUUUGGACAGCGAGGGUGAAGAAGCCUCUGAGGAAUCU